AUGUCGAAGUUCCUCAAAACAGUUGUUCGCAAUGAUGCGAUGAAGGAGGAUCCUCCAGAGAUCUAUGGCUGGAGAGUCUAUGCGCUUGCUGUCUCGGCAUGUUUUGGUGGCAUGAUCUUUGGCAUCGACACAGGUACCAUCGGCGGUGUCCUGCGUAUGCCCGAAUUUCAAGCUGAAUAUGGGCUCGAUAAUAUCAGCGCCGACGCCCGGGCCAACCUCAGUGCCAAUAUCGUGUCUACUUUGCAGGCAGGCUGCUUCUUGGGAGCCAUUGUGUCGGCGUACAUCGCUGAUAGAUGGGGACGACGCCCCAUUUUGCUCUGGGCGGCCCUCAUCUCUAUCGUCGGAGUCGUCCUUCAGGCCGCUGCCGCAGGCCACCUGGGUCCCAUGUAUGUCGGACGCUUUCUGGCCGGUGUCGGAACUGGACACGCAAGUUUCGCCAACCCGCUCUACAUCUCGGAAAAUGCCCCUCGCGCCAUUCGUGGAGGUCUGACCGGCCUGUACCAGCUUGCGAUUGUCUUCGGUAUCUUUAUCUCAUUCUGGAUCAACUACGGCUCUCUGCUGCACCUUUCCGGCGCCUCGACAUAUGUGGUACCGCUCGCCAUGCAAGCCCUGCCCUGCGUCGCGCUGCUAGUGUGCAUGUUCUUCUGCCCUGAGACCCCGCGUUUCCUCGCUAAGCAGGACAAGUGGGAGGAGGCACGCACGAUCCUCGCUCGUCUUCGCAACCUGCCCGCCGACCAUCCGUAUGUGGCGCGGGAAUUCACCGACAUCCAGAUGGCCAUCGAGGCCGAGAACCGACUGCUCGAUGGCAGCAACUGGUGGGCGCUCCAGAAGGAGAUGUGGCUCAUUCCAGCGAAUCGCAAGCGUAUCCUCAUUUCCAUCACUCUCAUGGUUUUCCAACAGAUGACUGGUACCAAUGCUAUAAAUUACUAUGCUCCCCAAAUCUUCUCCAACCUCGGCGUAACCGGCUCACAAAACGAGCUCUUCGCCACGGGCAUCUACGGCCUCGUCAAGCUCAUCGGCGUCGCCGUCUUCCUCGUCUUCGUCGCCGACUCUUUGGGCCGCCGCCGCUCGCUGAUCUGGACCGGCAUCGCACAGGCGCUGGCGAUGCUGUACAUCGGCAUCUACGUGCGCGUCAAGCAGCCGCAGCCGGGCGAAGCCGUCGACGGCGCCGGCUACUUCGCCCUCGUCUGCAUCUUCCUCUUCGCGCUUUUUUUUCAAUUCGGCUGGGGACCCGUCUGCUGGAUCUACGUGAGCGAGAUCGCGACGGCGCGGCUAAGGGCCACGAACGUGUCGGCCGCGGCGGCGACGCAGUGGCUGUUUAAUUUUGUCGUGAGCAGGGCCGUGCCGCCCAUGUUGGAGAAUAUGGGUGUCGGCGGGUUUGGGACGUACAUCUUUUUCGCGAGCUUCUGCUUCACGAUGGCGCUGUUUGUGUGGUUCUUCCUGCCCGAGACGAAGGGGUUGAGUCUCGAGGCGAUGAAUGAGUUGUUUGGCUUGCCAGGCGUGGGGGCCAAGGACGUGGAGAAUGGCAGCGAGCAUGGCGGUGGGGAGACAAGGAAGGGGAGCGAUGUCAAGGAAGCUGAGGUGGAUCAGAUUGAACGCCGGACGUAA